CUGUUUCCUUCAAGUAUCUGACGAUCAAAUAUAAUAUAUUUUGAUAUUUUACCUUAUUUCACUGAAUCCCGUCGGUAUUCUCAAUUAUUUCUUUGAAAUAUUAUUUAUUUUUUCUAAACUAAUUACCCAAUACACCAUGUUUGAAGCGAGACUUUUGAAAAGUGGCCAGCUCAAAAAAAUUUUGGAGGCCAUUAAGGAACUACUGAAAGAAGCAACAUUCGAUUGUUCCGAUUCUGGGAUUCAACUUCAGGCCAUGGACGACGCCCACGUCAGUUUAGUGUCCAUGUGCUUAAAAAGUACUGGUUUUGAUAAGUUUCGUUGCGACCGGAAUUUGUCAAUGGGGAUUAAUCUAGAAAGCAUGGUGAAAAUCAUGAAAUGUUGUUCUAAUGAUGACAUAAUGACUAUCAAAGCRCAAGAUAAUGCAGACACUCUUACUAUUAUGUUUGAGACAYCAAACCAAGAGAAAAUGUCGGACUACGAAAUGAAACUUAUGAAUUUGGAUCAAGAGCAUCUUGGUAUACCUGAAACCAAUUAUUCGUGUAUAAUUAAGAUGCCUUCUACUGAAUUUGCAAGAAUUUGCAGAGAUUUGAGUCAGUUUGGAGAAUCUGUUAUUAUUGCUUGUACAAAAGAUGGUGUAAAAUUCUCUACUUCUGGUGAUAUUGGGUCAGCUAAUGUCAAACUUUCCCAAAACGCAUCAAUCGAUAAAGAAGAAGAAGGGGUUACUAUUGAAAUGCAACAAGCUGUGUGUUUGACAUUUGCUUGUCGUUACCUAAAUUUGUUUUGCAAAGCAGCUCCAUUAUCUCCACAAGUUAUUUUAUCAAUGUCUGGAGAUGUUCCAYUAGUUGUAGAGUACCAAAUUGAAGAGUUGGGCUAUAUCCGGUAUUAUUUAGCACCUAAAAUUGAAGAAGAUGAUUAAUUUUAAUAGUAUUAUUUAUUUAAAAUAGAUCUUAAGGACAAACUUAUUACUUGAGCAUUUUAACAGAAUUCUUAUUUGUAUACAUGAAAAUAGUCAGUUUUAAUAUUUUUAUUUUUCAUUUAUUUCUAUUAAAUAUUUACAACAUUAUAAGAUCAUAA